AACACAACACAACACAAUACAACAUCUUCGUUUCUUUUGUUCGUUUCUUCGCUUCCCAUCGUUGAAAUAUCAGAGGCAGAGGCAGAGAAGAAGCACAGAGAAGAAGAAACGACAACGCAACAACAAUAACAACCACGUUCUCUAUUUUCUGAUUUGAUCUCACCAAACAGACAUGGCGAUGAACAACGAUAACGGAGAGGUUAGGGCGUUGGAGAAGAAGCCUAAGACCAAGAUCGUCUGCACGCUGGGCCCCGCAUCGAGGUCUGUUCCCAUGGUCGAGAAGCUUCUUCGCGCCGGCAUGAACGUCGCUCGCUUCAACUUCUCCCAUGGAUCCCAUGAAUACCAUCAGGAAACCCUCGAUAAUCUUCAUGCUGCCAUGGAGAACACCGGUAUUCUCUGCGCCGUCAUGCUCGACACCAAGGGUCCUGAGAUUAGAACUGGAUUUCUCAAGGACGGGAAGCCUAUCCAACUGAAACAGGGUAAUGAGAUAACUAUUUCAACUGACUAUAACAUAAAGGGGGAUGAGAAAAUGAUCUGUAUGAGCUACAAGAAAUUGGCGGUGGAUAUGAAACCCGGAAUGGUCAUACUCUGCGCCGAUGGCACAAUAUCGUUCACUGUUUUGUCUUGCGAUAGGGAAAAGGGUUUGGUCCGGUGCCGCUGCGAGAACUCUGCCAUGCUUGGAGAGAGGAAGAAUGUUAAUCUUCCUGGGGUGAUUGUGGAUCUCCCGACUUUGACAGAGAAGGACAAAGAAGAUAUCCUGAAGUGGGGAAUUCCCAACAAGAUUGACAUGAUUGCGCUUUCUUUUGUCAGAAAAGGUUCUGAUCUGGUAGAAGUUCGCAAGAUUCUGGGACCGCACGCUAAGAACAUCCUUCUCAUGUCAAAGGUUGAAAACCAAGAAGGGGUUGCAAAUUUUGAUGAAAUCCUUGCAAAUUCUGAUGCAUUUAUGGUUGCACGUGGUGACCUUGGAAUGGAAAUACCAAUAGAGAAGAUAUUUCUUGCUCAGAAAGUGAUGAUCUACAAGUGUAACAUCCAAGGAAAACCAGUUGUUACCGCAACCCAGAUGUUGGAGUCAAUGAUCAAAUCUCCCAGACCAACAAGGGCUGAAGCUACAGAUGUUGCCAAUGCAGUUCUUGAUGGCACAGACUGUGUGAUGCUUAGUGGUGAAACAGCUGCUGGAGCUUACCCAGAACUUGCUGUUCGAACGAUGGCUAAGAUAUGCCUUGAAGCAGAGAGCACCCUUGACUAUGGAGAUGUAUUUAAGAGGAUCAUGGAACACUCACCAGUGCCAAUGAGCCCAUUGGAGAGUCUGGCUUCAUCUGCUGUUAGAACUGCUAACUCAGCUAGAGCAGCACUUAUAUUGGUCCUAACCAGAGGUGGAAGUACUGCAAAAUUAGUGGCUAAAUACAGGCCGGGGAUGCCAAUUCUUUCUGUAGUUGUCCCUGAGAUCAAGACUGAUACCUUCGACUGGUCAUGCAGUGAUGAGGCCCCAGCAAGGCAUAGCCUGAUAUUCCGUGGGUUGGUUCCGAUACUAAGUGCUGCUUCUGCCAGAGCUUCUCAUGCAGAAACAACAGAAGAAGCCUUAGAGUUUGCCCUUCAGCACGCCAAGGCAAAGGGUCUCUGCAAUGUUGGGGAUUCUGUUGUGGCUCUACACCGUGUGGGCACUGCCUCGGUCAUCAAAAUUGUGACUGUUAAAUGAUCACUUAUUUAAGGAAAUUCUCUAGCUGCUUUUGGCUAAAAUUUUUGGAAUGGUGUGGGACAGAUCUCAUCAUUCGUUCAAACUUAUCUUUUUGGAAACCUACAUUGGAUGCAAAACUUCAGUUUUAACUUAUAAACAUCUUAUUAGGGUGGGACCCGUAUUCGGAUAUACCACUGUUUACUUGUUAUUUGCCUAAUUAGCUGUUUUUUUGUUAAUCUUUUGUCAUUGAUAAGAUGAUAUAGGGGGCUUUUGCCAAACCCUAACACUGGCGUAGUUUCGGAUUCUCAACUUCCUACUACGAAGUUUGUUUUGAUUGAGAAGUAUAUGGCUACAUCGUUUUAGUUCUUGUA